UGUAUAUUUUGUCAUUUACUGUUUCGGAUCAUUUAAAAUUAUCAGUAAAAUGUGCUUUUGUCCCACCAUUGGUCUUAAAAUUACGGUCAUACUGCUUGUAGCAAUCUCCGCAACAUUGAACUGCUUGGACUUCAUUGAGGACUUUUACAACAUCCUAAACAUAGGGUCCAAUGUGAUUUUGCUUUCCGUAAGCAUGACCAUAGAUCUAGUCUGCAUUGGUUUCGCCUUUGCCGGAGUUUACGCUCUCUACUUCGAAAAAAUUCGAAUGUUUCAGGUGUUUUUAUUGGAGUUGAUAGCUUACUGCCUGUGCAAGCUUAUCCUCUGGAUCAUUUGUGGGAAUCUAUUGGGAGAGCUAAAUACCUUAGUCACCCAUUUGUGGUUUCAGCUCAGUAUGUUGGGAACGCUAUUCUGCAUGAUUGGAACUACACUUCUCUGUAUGAGAUUCCACGAGAUCAGUGAGGAGGAAGUUUAAGGCGGAGAUUUUAUAAAUUUUUUGUGCUUUGAGAAUCAUUUGAGUAGUAAUGCUUGCUACUUCCUUCAUUUUAUUUUGAUAAAAUAAAAAAUCUUAAAAAAAUUCAAUUAUUGGAAUGUGCUUGAAGCUGCGCUUUAUUCUGGAAAAAAUCAUAUUUGUGUCCUUGAUACUAUGUAACGCAGUGAGUCGACAAGAAGACGACAUUGAGUGCCUAAAUCUCUAAACAGGAUUCUCAGGGACUGGACUGCUACGAAAUAUGUCAAAACAGUAAAUAUUUUUUCGCCAAGACUGAAACACCACACUAUGGCGUAUGUAUCGUAAGUUUCAUCAUCCAUGGGAUUCUAGUUUGCUUCUCCAUUGUCGCCAUUUUCGGAGUUCUCACUGAGCAACUGCUUAUUUUGCAAGUUUUUCUGGGGCUCAUAAUUGUGUACUGUUUUACUAAAAUGGUCGUGUGGAUUGUUUGCGGAAACUACCUAGACAAAUUGGAUCCCAAUUUUGAUCACAGCUACACUCAUAUGACAAUGGCUUUGGCGUUGCUCAACCUCUUUUUCUCCACGCGGUUGUGCAUGCGGAUCGAUGAGUCUACUAGACAAUGAUUUCAAGGAUCUGCAAUAAAAAUUUUAAGCAAGUCCCUACAAUUACAUUAAUGCGAAUUUUACUAAAAAUUCGAUGUACAAAAUUUUUUGUAAAUUUGUAAAUAAAUUUUACAUUUUGAGUUUUUAAUUAAUUAACAACAAUUAAUUAAAACACUA